UUCACAUAUUAUUAUUGACUGAAGCCUAAUUGAAUGUCCAAAUGGUAGGGAAUUUUCCCACAUGCUAUCCAGCACCAAGGACCUACAUUUGGACUUGGAUUCUUUUCACUUGGAAACAACAUGCAUGGGCUAUGUGCAUGACUAAAAUACAAUUGGAAAAACCUCUGAAUCUAAACAGUUGCUUGGGAAAGAUAACAUUUCAAAUGGAUAAUUCUCAACUGUGAGCAGCUGGGCUCUUGGCUCUGUGCGCAUCUGGAUACCUCAGAUUGUGGAAAACCAUCCCAUUUCGGGGUUGCUACUUAAAGCCAGAGUUUGCGCUGUGGUGAAGGUCAAGUCCCUAUUGUUCCCUGCACCAACUCACAGAGUAACGGAAGCCUAUAACAGCAGAAAGCAGCAGACAUGACAGACAACACCACCCAUCUUAACUUCAUGAUGCACCAGCACAUGGACCUGAGCUCCAUGGACAUAGACGAUAACAACACCAUCAACAACACCACCGGAGAGCAGAACUCAAACGGCUGCUCCAUCGAUAUCCCACAGGGGCUUUUCCUUACACUGGGCCUCAUUAGCCUGGUGGAGAACAUCUUAGUGGUGCUGGCCAUCAUUAAGAACCGCAACCUGCACUCCCCCAUGUACUACUUCAUCUGCUGCCUGGCCGUCUCCGACAUGCUGGUCAGCAUCGCCAAUGUGGUGGAGACCAUAGUCCUGUUGCUCAACGACAACUUGCUGCUUGAGGCCCCGGAGAUACUGAGGAACCUGGACAAUGUCAUUGACAUCAUGAACUGCAGCUCGGUGAUGUCCUCGCUGUCCUUCCUCUGCACCAUCGCCGCCGACCGAUACAUCACCAUCUUCUACGCGCUGCGCUACCAUAGCAUCAUGACGACGCGGCGCGCCGUGGCCCUCAUCGUGCUGGUGUGGCUGACCAGCAUCACCUCCAGUACACUGUUCAUAGUCUACCAUUCGCACAAAGCCGUCAUCAUCUGCCUCGUCGCCUUCUUCUGCAUUGCGCUCGUUUUCAACGCUGUCCUCUACUUGCACAUGUUCAUCUUGGCUCACGUGCACUCACGGCGCAUCAUGGCCGUCCACAAGUCUCGACGGCAGGCCACGAGCAUGAAGGGCGCCAUCACGCUGACCAUCCUGCUCGGGGUCUUCAUCCUCUGCUGGGGGCCGUUCUUCCUCCACCUCAUUCUUGUCCUCGCCUGCCCCACAAACCCCACCUGCAAAUGCUUCUUCAGCCACUUUCACCUCUACCUCAUCCUCAUUAUCUGCAACUCGCUCAUCGACCCGCUUAUCUACGCUUACAGGAGCCAGGAGCUGCGCAAAACAUUAAAGGAGCUGGUCUUCUGCUCCUGCUUCCCCAUUCGAUGUGAUUCCAUACUUGAAUGUCUAUUUCCAUGUAAGUUCACAUGACUGCAGGACCGAUUACGGAAGAACAUUAUAUAUCAAAUGUGUAGCAAUAUUAGGCCUUUGCCUACCAAUGCAUUUGAAUUAACUGAAAGACAAAGUUGAACUAUGAGACGUCCGGUUGUAUCAGAACAGCACUGGGGAACCUUUUAGCAACCUCCUUUAACCAACCCCUGCCUUCUCCCAUGCGGAAGACAAUUCAUUGGGCCGUUCCAAGGAAUAUAAACCACUAGUGCAGUGAACUUUGAUGUCAGCCAUCAUUUGCAUCACCUACUUACAGGUAAUUAUGGUUUUCACCCAUCAUUCAAGGAUGCAGUGGCUAUGUAAAGCUGAGUGUCCUGCUGUCUCAGGGAGCUCAUGGGCUUAAUUUCAGAUUGCUGUGUGGGACAAAUAUGAAUAAUUAGUGCGUAAAUCUAAUAACUAACACUGGAAAUUGACAAUCAACAUGCAAUGAAAUAGCAGCAUGGGCCUACAGAUAUACCUUUGCUUUGAUGGUUUGUUUAAAUUCAAGGAAAGAUGAAAAGAUUAAGAAGAGUGAAGUUUGUUUUCUUUCAUGAAUAGAAUAUGUGUAUAUUCCAAUUACAGCCUAAUUGGUUUAAAUAGACAAGCUGCAAUUUUAUGUAGUUGCUGCAAGGCUGAAUUAGUUUACAUGUAAGUAUAUGCAAAGAUGUUUCACUGUAAUGAUUUACUUUGACGA